GGAGCUGGAGCUUCUGACAACGCUUGGACAAGGCGCUGGGCCGUCACCAUGAACGGCGUUAUUGAAGCGCUGCACAUCUACGAUGACAACAGGAAUCCCAUCCUAUCGCAUACCUACACUGGAAGGCCGCUCUCAGCCUCCCAUCUUCUGCCUCUCUACCUCGAACAUCCUGCCCCUCGACCAAGCCUGAUCUAUCUCCCCAAUGCGAACCCUCCGACUCUAGUCUUCAGCCUAAUUCACUCAAACCUGCUGUUUUUGGCGACCUCAUCAACGGAGAUCGAACCCCUCCUUGUGCUUGAGUUCUUGCAUCGAAUUAUCGACGCCUUUGAAGAUUUCGUGGGAGCGCCACUACUGGCAGUCAAAUUGGAGAAUAAUUACGAUGUCGUUGCUCAGCUCUUAACGGAGAUGUGCGAUGCAGGGACUGUCAGUACGACGGAGCCCAAUGCUCUACGAGAGGUGGUGGAGAUGGAAGGAUGGGUGGAUAAACUGCUUGGCAGUAUCAGCCUGCCAGGAAACAAUCCAUUAAAGACAAACUUUUCAAGUUCACCCACACCGUCCCUAAUGGCCGCCAACACGCCGGCCUUGCCAUGGAGACGAGCCAACGUACGGCACACCUCGAACGAGCUCUACGCGGACGUCGUCGAAACUCUCUCGGUCACACUUGCCCCUUCAGGCAGACCUUUGGCUGCGUUUGCUAAUGGAACUAUUGCAUUCACAUCAAAAGUAUCGGGCGUUCCGGAUGUUCUGGUGACGCUGGGCAGCCCAUCCGGGAAGCAUAACAUAGGUGGCAUCAUGGAGCUACCUGUCUUUCACCCAUGUGUUCGGCUGAACAAGUGGAAUGAGCGGCCUGGAGAACUCAGCUUUAUACCGCCUGAUGGACGAUUCAUCUUGGCUGGCUACGAGGUUGACCUAUUGCCUUUUACGAGUGGAAAAAGUGGGAGCAUGAAUUCGAAUAACCUGAAGCUUCCCGUUAACCUCGAGAUGAAAACUGGUCUUGGACCUGUGGGGUCCGAGUUCGAAGUCAGGCUACAAACGAAUAAAAUCUUUGGUACUCCAAACUCUUCAUCAGCGGCAAGCCAGCUAGCACGCGCAGGAGGAGUCCCUGGACGGCUGGGAUCGCCGCAUCCUGGAACCCCAAGUUCGCCACUAUUAGAUGACUUGACAGUUACGAUUCCUCUUCCCGAAGACGUGCGGAAUCUGUCGGACAUCAGACCGAGUAGGGGAGAUGCGAGCUUCAACAGGGCUGAGGGGCGGCUGGAGUGGAACAUUCCUGCCAAGGAGAUAUCUGGCCCAACAUCUCAUUUCGGGCUGAGAUGUACGGUGGUGGGAUCGCUAGGUGAUGAUGAGGAAGAAGCAUUUGAUCCUACGGGCUUUGGGUUUGGCACGGAUUAUUCAUACAACGAGCCAUAUCAAACCACACCGGCUGCUAAGACGGGCAAAGAGAAGCAUGGUGCGGACGACGAACAGGACCCCAAGAAGGUAGCACAGAAUAAGAUUCUGAUGCCAAGUUCAGCAUCAGUGAGCUUUUCAGUAAAGGGUUGGCUAGCAAGCGGGCUGAAGAUUGAGAGCAUUGUAUUAGAUCCGAGGAAAAGUCGGGGCCUGAGCGAAGGCGUAAAGCCUUACAAGGGUGUCAAAUACUUGACAGUUAGCAAGGGAGGAGUAGAGAUUCGCACAAACAUUGGCCGUCGCAAGGCCAUGAAGCGCUUCGCAGGUCCUGCGCUCCAGUGCCGGCAUGGCACCGGAGUCAGCCGAGGUGCGUCAUCGCUGACAUGGGCGUCUUUGCGAUGCUGCGCGCCGGUAUCUGGUAAUUCUGGAUGCACGUGGGAUGCUGCGCGGACGGCGCGGCGAUGGAACUCGAGUCUGCCCAAGAGGCCACGGACAGCCAUUUUCUUCCCUGGCCAGGGAGUGCAAAAGGUCGGCAUGCUGUCGCCUUGGCUGGAGGCGUUUCCGUCGACGGCUUCGCAGAUUAUUGACGAGAUUGACCACUGCGCGGGAUUCAAAAUCUCCGACAUCAUACAGAAUGGCCCGUCCAAAGACCUGACAAAGACGACAAUAGCCCAGCCGGCGAUCAUGGCCACGUCCAUAUUGAUACUGCGCAUUCUCGAGCGCGAAUUCAACUUUCGAGUCGCGGAUCAUUUUGAUUUUACGCUGGGCCACUCUCUGGGAGAAUUUACUGCCCUGGUUGCGGGAGGAUACAUUACCUUUGAGGACAGUUAUUAUCUGGUGCAGCGGCGCGCGGUGGCCAUGUCGGAAGCGACGCAGAAGGCGAUUCAAGAAUACGGAGGAGAGUACGGCAUGGUGGCGGUUAUUACGGAGCCAGAAUACCUACAGGGCUUGAUCAAGGCGAUUCGAGACUUUGUCGGUCAUUCGAGCGAUGGGAGCAAGUCAGAGAGCAGUCAAGACGUGCCGCCGAUCCAGCAGGUGUUGAUCGCGAACAUCAACAGCAAGAACCAGAUCGUCUUGAGCGGGAGCAUGGAGAGGAUCAAGACGCUUAUUGCGCAUGUUCGACAGUUUCUGGGCCAUGACCCGCGAGCAGUGCGACUACACAGCGACAGCCCGUUCCACAGCCCCAUCAUGAAGCCUGCGGUAACAGUCAUGAAGAAUCUGUUGGCGAAGAAGAGUCGUGUUCCUGGCCGAGAGAAUGAAGACAUCAUUACGUUCCCGGGCCUGAUGCCCUGCAUAAGCAACGUCUCAGCCAGGCCAUUUCAGAGCAAAGAGCAGUUAAAAGACCUGUUAGCGAGAGGAUGCCUUGAGACGGUCCGGUGGUGGGCAGCCAUCAAGUAUCUCGACCAAGAGGAGAAGGUCAGGCGAUGGGUCGGCAUCGGUCCAGGCAAGGUUGGCAGAAACCUGGUGGGAAAAGAGGUGGGCAUGAGAGGGAAGGACUUGAUCAAGGGAGGAGGCGUUUGGGCGAUUACAGAUCCGUUUGAGGUGGAGGAGGUUUUGCGAGGGUUGGAGGAGACGUCAAAUAUAUUAGAAGAUGAAGAUGAGGAGGAUUGAAGAGAGAAGAAAUGGCAGGAGAAGAAGGAAAAACGAAAGACUAUAGAAGGAGUGUGGGUUUGGUGCAGUAUGUAAGACUUUAUGUAUCAAUAGGCGGAUAUUAUGAUGGGCAUAUAUGGACGGCAAAAUGCGUACAUAUAAUUGAGUAAUUUACAGAAAUAUAAAAAUCUAUCUUGCAG